AUGGCAAUCGCAGUGGUGUAUUCCGCUGAAACCACCAUCAACAACUUCUUCCUCAAAGCAUCCGCAACUCGUGGCGAAUGCGAAGCUCGAGCAGCUGAGCUAACCGGCGGCAAGGUAAUCCCGGUCACCAUACAAGGUGACUCCAGUUACACGGUCUAUGCUGGCCCUGAGCUGGAAUAUGUCGUUCAGUUUCGACUGAAGUCGCUUGAGCUCAAAACCACGACUUCGGACCUGGCGAGCAGGAUCUACGGCACUCUUGCGCCUACCGUCACCUUUAAGGGGCAGAUUGGAGAUGAGGCUCCUGAGAAAGAACCGUUGUACAUCUAUGUCAUGAACCGGAUCAAGGGCGUCUCUUACCUGGGCUAUAUAUUGGCGAGUAAAAAUCACGAGAACUCUCUAGCUGCGUUUGCUGCCCGCAAAAAUCUCAUGACGGGCGUUGCCAAGUUUCACGGUCUUUCGUGGAAUACUCCUCAGGUCGUCGACCGUGAAUACCGAGACGAACUGAAAGACAGAUAUUCCUCACAGCUGGAACUUCUGCACAAGACUCUACCAGAGCGAUUCCAUCCCGCAAUUCAAUCCUGCAGAGACGCCAUGGAGUCCAUCAUGUCUCUACCAAUGGUCCUCUUACACAAGGAUUUUGGUACAUUCCACAUAAUGGUCAACGAGGAAUCAUGCCACUUCGUUGGCGCCGUAGACUGGGCCGAGGCCGUAAUCUGUCCCUUCGGUUCAAAUCUCCAUUUCCUGCAGCAGCUAAGGGGCAAACUUCACUAUGAGAAUGGGUGGUCUCGGUACGACGACUACGACGACUUGCAAGAGACGUUCUGGUCCGUCUUCCUGAAGGAGGUUGGGGGUUUGCCCGAGGAAACCUUGCAGACGAUUAAGCUUGCGAGAAUCAUGGGGCUGCUUCUCGCCGAAGGGUUCACUGGCUGCCUAGAGAACGGCACUGGGCCUGUGCCUAUUCAGGAUGACGAGGUUGGGCGGUAUCAGAUGCUGUCUCUGGACGGAUUUCUUCUUGAUGAGGCCACAAAGUUUGAUUGA